AAGAGUCGCAUUCCGUCACCCACCUCCGCCAUUGGCCGUCGAGCCUCUAAAGGCUUUGAGAUACAGUGUCACAUUUUUUUAAAUUUAGAAAGUUGGUACAAGUGUUGGGCCGUGUUUUGUUACCACCAUGUUUUAACAUUAAUAUCAGACGAUGUCACGCUUCACUAUUCUUUUGGCGGUCGCCGGCGCAGCAUCUAGUCAGCUUACGAUGGAUGGUGUCAAAUGCGGUCAGCUUACCUGCCUUUACGAAGAAUACUGCUCACCAGAAACAAACAGAUGUGCCCCCUGCUCGGCUGUUUGCAACAAAACACAUCACAACUACGACUCCGGCUUGUGCGUUAAGGAGUGUCAAGGUUAUCUUCUGGACUUGAGAUAUUUACGGAGAAACGAGUAUGAGCCGCCAAAUUCGAAUACUGAUAGUGCGCAGCGUCAAGCGCAGACGGCGCUGAUUGUGAGCGGCGUCGCUUUGGCGGUGUUGCUUCUUGUUCUGAUCAUCGUAUGCCAAAGGAAGAUCACAUGGAGGUCUAUUAAACAAAGGUUUCAACCACCUAAGAAUCAGAUCAAGCAUUUCCCAGGCGACCUCACUCAUCACAACGCGCACGCAGAUUUUCCGAGACCGAAACACGAGCUCAAACUUGAAAUACGAAAUCCUGAACCAGCAAAACGUACCGCCCAGCCCUUGAAUGUAAAAGAUCUUGAAACGAGAACCUCACAAACGGAUAAGAGCCAAGGUGCAACCACGCCUAAAACUGUCAGUACCGCUAUUAGUAACAGACAUCCAGCUGAAGACACUACCUUAGACUUUUCCUACGAUAAUAUGGCAAUGAAUGUCAACCCACCCGAACAACCCGAGUCAACUAAUAGAUUCUGAGAAAGGUCUGUCACCUUUAUAGAUGAUAGUCCGGACUACAUCAACAUUUAUUGAGCAAAGUUUAUUAUAUUUCAACUUUGUUGAAUAAGUGCUUAUGAACAUUAAUGCCGUGGCUGAUUUUAUAAGUUCAACAUCGAUAUACAAUUGUAAUUUUAAAAAGUUUAUUACCUACUGUUUGAAUUAAUUUAAUUAAAAAAUUAAUAUGCCAAGAAUUCAAAAUAUUUCUUUACAUAGAAAAAUUUUGAAUUACAUCUUCAGAAAUUUAUUCAUAGUAAUGAAUCGGCCACUUUAAACCAUUAACCCUGGGUUUCUUAGUUUAUUAUCUCCGUUUAAAACAUAUUGUUAUCUCUAUAUUGUCAAUGAUAAUGACAAGGAUGACGCUAUGUUUAAUAAAGAGAUUUUGGAUGUCAGAAACCCACGGUGAUUAAUUGAUCUAAUUUAAUGAUUGUCUGUAGAUUAAAAAUUAUUUAGCAUAUACAACGAUUAUUAAGUUUCCAUUUUAAAUAUUAAGAUAUGAAUCAAUUAUUAUCGUAAAAAUGAAUAUAAUUAUUGUGUUUAAUUUAAAGAAAUUUGUUUAAAAGAAUUUCAUUGAAUUGUUUUUUACGAAUUUCGAUUUCUUUUUUAAUUACAGUUAAAAUAUGUGCAUCUAAUAUGUAUUUAUAAUUGAUAUUGUAUGUUGUACUUUAGGCAUUUAAAAACAUUUGAAUAAUUUCUUUUUCCAUAAAAAGACUAGUUAAGUAUUAGUACAUUUCGCGAUGUAAUCAUUGUUAGAUUUAAAAUCACGUGUAAUCUAGAUUCUAAAUAUUUUAGCAUAACUUAACGUAGUAUCCAGACACGCAUUAUAAAUUCAAAAUUAUAUUAAUUGUGUGUUUGAUAAUUUUGGAACGUUUGGAAUAUAUUAUGUUAUUGUAGUUUAGCGUAUAAUUAACUAUUAAUAUUGAAUAUUAUUAAAACCGAGUUUUUUAAUCCACAGUAUUAUUGAAUAAAAUAUAUUUCACAAUAAUUAUUAUUACGUACAAUUUUUCUGGUAAUCUGUUAAAGAAAUAAUACUUACUGAAUAUUUUGUAUAAUACGAAAAUAAAAAAAAAAUAAUAAAAAAAAUAUGACCCAACUGCAAGUAAAACCUUUCGAUCAAAAAAUAAUUUCAAAAUUCACCAGGGGCGGAGUUACGCGAUAACAAAUAUAAAAACAUA